AUGCCGGCUGAGUCGCAUGUCAUCUUUUCCGAGGGCCCCGAAGCCGCGGAAGCCGCGGAAGCCGCGGAAGCCGCGGAAGCCGCGGAAGCCGCGGUGCGGGUGUACUCGCUGGGGGGGAAGCUGCUGCUCGAGAGAGAGGCGAUCGGAGCGGUGGCGGAUUUGCUGCAAGACCUGAGCCUCCGGCUGCGGGUGUCCCGGUACCGACUGAAGUUGAUGGCAGGAGAGGAGGAGUUGCAAGAGGAGCUGGCGCUGGAUGGGCACUCAGACCUUCAGCUCAUCAUAGGGGAGGUGGAUCUCCGCCGGAACCGGCUGCAGCCAGGGCGCAUUGUGUCCGUGCGGCGAGCGGGCGCCACGCACCUGGAGGUGGCCGUCCAGCCCGGGAUCCUCUUCGACACCUUCGACGCGACUCAGCGAGUGUGUCAUCGGGUCCGCCUCAAGGGCCCGGGCAACUUGCGGCUGCCCUACGAAGCAGUCGAAGAGGAGAACAAGGUGAUGCUAAGGGUGAAGCAGAGCAGUUUUGCCAUGUUCUAUGAGCUGCUCUUGCACUACUCAUGGGUGAGCCUUGAAACCUUCCUGCGAGAUGAGCAGGGCUUUGAGUACAACUCCGACGCCACUCGCUGGUUGCCAUCAAAGUGCUGUAGAGCCGCGAGCUUUCAAGCACUGCUUCGGAUGACCUUCGCUGUGGUUGGCUACUGGUUUAUUGACUGUCUUAGCCUUGCUGCCAGCAUGUAUGCAGCAGUGCUGGCAGUGAAGUCCCAGCAUUAUGUACAAGCUGAGCUGUUGAUGGCAACGCUAUGGCUACCUGGGCUCCUAUGCACAAUGCAGGCAAUGUAUUUCGGGUUAGGUGACAAGGUGGUUGGGCCGCUCUUUUCCGUGGGAGUCCUGAUUCCCAGCUGUUUCCUGAUGACAUUCUGGUGCACUUGCAGCAUGCUCCGACUCUUGCUGCAUCUAAAUGGGUUUUCCAUUAAAGAGCCCUGGCUGGAUCUCUGGGACUAUCUGCCCUAUGAGUUCUACAUGAGCUAUGUGCGGCGCUUGGGGGAUGGCCCCAGGCUGGUGCUGUGUUUCUCCCUCUUCCUCCUGGGUGAACCUCUCACUGGCUCUGAGCCCAUUGACCGGCUGGUGCUGGCGAGCGCUGCCUUGGCGCUGCUGCAGCACGCGCGAGGACGCCACUUGCUGUCGCAGGACGUGGCGCGGUGUCUCUUUCAGCCCUCACAGUGCUUUCACAACGAGCUUCAUCUUGAACAAAACAUGGCGGAACAAGACUGGUGUCCAUGA